GGGCCGAGUCUGGAGCCCGACAAGCGUUGGCACAGUGGUGGCGGCAGCCCGCGGCUGGGAGGCAGGUGCACGUACUCCGCCGGGCGGGGCAAAUGUUUCUGGACCAGAUGAAGGUUGAGGAGCCUUCCAGCUGUAAGAUAUUAGGAUAGGAAACUCCUGAGUCUGGAUCUACAGAAGACUUGCCUGUCCUCUCCACACAAUGUCAGAAGGAAGAAGCAGUGGAGCAACCAGAUUUCUGCUAUGAUGAGUUUGGCUUCCGCGUGGACAAGGAAGACACCUGCUGUUGCCGAGUGGGCUGCUGGAAAGCCGUCUGCCAGAACCCAGGGUAGCCUGUCACCAACCAGUCGUUAACUGACUGACUGAGACCACUAUUCAUCUUCAGGUCACUCAUAUUCCCAGUUCUGAUGAGUCUUCCUUGUUCUCUAGUUUGCAGGCAAACAUUCAGAAGGUAAAAGCUGGGCCUGAGAGGAGCAUAGGGAACUUUCUAGUAUGAUGGAAGUAUUCUGUAUCUUGACGGGGACAGCAUUUAGACUGUCAGUGUUUAGACAUUUGUUUAUUGAUACUCAACAAAGUGUACACUUAAAGUUUGUGCACUUUAUGUGAAUUCACUGAAGGUGAAGUUUCAGAAAGUGGACGCCAAGGGCAUGGCUUUAGGAUGAGGAAGAGUGAGGCUCUGGGGGGGGCCCCGCCCCCCUGUGCAUCCCCAGUGCCUCAAACAGAACCAGAGGUGGUCUUGGUCUUGUGAGUUCCCAGGCAGUAAACAAACAAAUGUAUGCUGGGGGCAAGAAGAGGCUGGGAGAGGAGGGGAGGUGGCAGGCGUUUGAACAGAGACUGGGAGGAAGUGAGGCAGUGAGUGUGGCCAGAAGGGGAAUAACAGGUGCCAGGCCCUGAGGCAGACUGGAUUUGUGGGAAAGAGCUGGGGUGGAGGGAGCAGGGCGCGAGGAGGCGGGGUCGGGUGCUGUGUCUGCGCGACAGGCUCUGAGCUGUGACAGGGCUGUGAGCAGCCUCUAGGGAGGCAGGGCAGGACUAGGGGGCCGGUGAGGAGGCUGUUGCUCUAAUCCAGGCGAGAGACGGUGGCUUGGACUAGGUCCGUAGUCGGAGGGGCGAGAGGGCCGAGGUUCUGCCUGUGCUCUGAAGAGGAGCCUGAGCACCUGCUGGGGGGUGGCCUCGUGGAUCUGGUUUGGGGGUGAAAGCGAAGAGUUCGCGCUGGCUGUUCGGGGUGCCACGGGAGGUGGUUGGAAAGGUGGCCCUGGCCUUCGGCAGUGAGAUCCGGGCGGCGGACCCAUAGCCCAGUCCUCUGCUCUCGGGGCACAGGCGGCGGGGGUCGCUCUCCUUCCUCCCUCACAGGCGCAGACGGCGGCCCCCGCCCAGGCCAGCUGCUGGAGGACCCCCCCCAGAGGCUGCGCUGGCAGGCCCACCUGGAGUUCACCCACAACCACGACGUGGGGGACCUCACCUGGGACAAGAUUGCCAUCUCCCUGCCCCGCUCGGAGAAGCUCCGCUCUCUGGUGCUGGCUGGGGUGCCCCACAGCAUGAGGCCGCAGCUGUGGAUGCGGCUCUCCGGGGCCCUGCAGAAGAAGAGGAACUCCGAGCUGUCCUACCGAGAGAUCGUGAAGGACAGCGCCAACGACGAGACCGUUGCUGCCAAGCAGCAGAUUGAGAAGGACCUGCUCCGCACCAUGCCCAGCAACGCCUGCUUUGCCCACGUGAGCAGCGUGGGCGUACCCCGCCUGCGCAGGGUGCUCCGAGCGCUGGCCUGGCUCUACCCAGAGAUCGGCUACUGCCAGGGCACGGGCAUGGUGGCUGCCUGCCUCCUGCUGUUCCUGGAGGAGGAGGACGCCUUCUGGAUGAUGUGCACUAUCAUUGAGGACCUGCUCCCCGCCUCCUACUUCAGCACCACUCUGCUGGGCGUCCAGACCGACCAGCGGCUCCUGCGCCACCUCAUUGUCCAGUACCUGCCUCGGCUGGACAGGCUGCUCCAGGAGCAUGACAUCGAGCUGUCCCUCAUCACACUGCACUGGUUCCUCACGGCCUUCGCCAGCGUGGUGCACGUCAGGCUGCUGCUGCGCCUCUGGGACCUGUUUUUCUACGAGGGCUCCCUGGUGCUGUUCCAGACCACGCUGGGCAUGCUGCGCCUCAAGGAGGAGGAGCUGAUCCAGUCGGAGAAUUCGGCCUCCAUCUUCAACACGCUGUCGGACAUACCGUCGCAGAUGGAGGACGCGGACCUGCUGCUGGGGGAGGCCAUGCGGCUGGCGGGCUCCCUCACUGACGUGGCUGUGGAGAGCCAGCGCCGCAAGCACCUGGCCUACCUCCUAGCCGACCAGGGCCAGCUCCUGGGCGCCAGCCCCACCGCCAGCCUCUCUCAGGUUGUCCGCCGCAGGACCCAGCGGAGGAAGUCUGGCAUCACGUCGCUGCUCUUCGGGGAGGACGACCUGGAGGCGCUCAAGGCCAAGAACAUCAAGCAGACGGAGCUGGUGGCCGACCUCCGGGAAGCCAUCCUUCGUGUGGCACGCCACUUCCAGUGCACAGACCCCAAGAACUGCAGUGUGCAGGAGCUGAGCCCAGACUACAGCAUGGAGAGCCACCAGAGGGACCACGAGAACUACGUGGCGUGCUCGCGCGGCCACCCACGCCGGGCCAAGGCCCUGCUGGACUUCGAGCGCCACGACGAUGACGAGCUGGGCUUCCGCAAGAACGACAUCAUCACGAUCGUCUCUCAGAAGGACGAGCACUGCUGGGUGGGGGAGCUGAACGGCCUGAGAGGCUGGUUUCCAGCAAAGUUCGUGGAAGUCCUGGAUGAGCGGAGCAAGGAGUACUCCAUCGCGGGGGACGAUUCUGUGACAGAGGGGGUCACGGACCUCGUGCGAGGGACCCUCUGCCCGGCCCUGAAGGCCCUGUUUGAGCACGGACUGAAGAAGCCUUCCCUGCUUGGGGGCGCCUGCCACCCCUGGCUGUUCAUCGAGGAGGCGGCGGGCCGGGAGGUCGAGAGAGACUUCGACUCGGUGUAUUCGCGCCUAGUGCUGUGUAAGACGUACAGAUUGGACGAAGAUGGCAAAGUCCUGACCCCAGAGGAGCUGCUCUACCGGGCUGUGCAGUCCGUUAAUGUGACCCAUGACGCUGCACACGCACAAAUGGACGUCAAGCUCCGCUCCCUCAUCUGCGUGGGGCUCAAUCCUCAGGACCCUCUGCCUGGAGCCGCCCCCGACCCCGCCCUGCCUGUGGCCAGUGAGCAGGUCCUGCACCUGUGGCUGGAGGUGCUCUGCUCCAGCCUGCCCACCGUGGAGAAGUGGUACCAGCCCUGGUCCUUCCUGCGCAGCCCCGGCUGGGUCCAGAUCAAGUGCGAGCUGCGGGUCCUCUGCUGCUUCGCCUUUAGCCUCUCCCAAGACUGGGAACUUCCUGCAAAGAGAGAGGAGGAGAAGCAGCCCCUGAAGGAGGGCGUCCAGGACAUGCUGGUGAAGCACCACCUUUUCAGCUGGGACAUAGACGGGUGAUGCUCUUCCUCCAGGAUCCCUGUCACACCCAGGCCUCCCCAGACCCCUUGGCUACCAGGCUCCUUCCUCAAGCAAGAAGACAACAGCCGGGCACUGGCCAGCCUCGGGCCCACCCCAAGCUGCAAGGUCGAGGGGAGGACACACUCGGGAGCGCUGGCUGGGCACCGUGGUAGGGAGUCCGGGGACACCGCCCUGGGUGCCGCAGUGCUGGUGGAGGGCAGCAGGUGGCGGGAGCAGAAGGUGGGGGCCCGGCUCAGCCCGUUACUCUCAGUGCCUGGGGGAGGGUUCUGCCCUGCCAGGGUCUUUACCAGAGGCCCGGGGCCCCAGGCUCGCUGGGCUGAACAAACACCUUGGGAGGUGGAGCGCCACCUCUGCUCUGUCAGGUUUUGUUCGGGAGGAGGGUGGGGAGGCUGAAGGCUCCCCUGGCCUCUUUGACUUACAAAUAAACUGUCUCUGAGACGCACCUCUCCCACCUUCUGUCUAGCCAGCUGCGCGUCCAAGGU